AAACUGCUCUUUCUGUCUCUCUUGUUAGUUUCUUCCCAAAUAUCUCCCUCUCCAGCACCCUUCAUCUUUUUCCCUGUUUCCCCCCACUCCCCUCUCCCUUUCUUAUCUCUCUGUCUCUCCAAAUCACUAAUCUGUCUAGAAUAGAAGCCCACUCAGACAGGUCUCUUGACUGGAGACAUGGUCAGUCUCUGUGGGGAGGUGGUGAGUUGCUGAGCCGGAUUUAGACGAUUAGUAGUGGACUUAGCAUUUACACUGAUAGGAUGGAAUAUGAUGUGUCAGAGUGCAGUAAAUUGUAUAAUUGGAAUCACUUCUACGUGACCUUAAAGGACAGAGCAAGAGACCAUACAGAGCUGAACUUUUAUUGCCCUUGAUUCAUCCAUUAUUUUGGGCUUCCCCUCAUGGAUUAAGGAGCAGUGAAGCUGAGAAAAGCAGAUAGCCAUCAAUGAGUGUGACCAACUCCUCUGCCUACAGAUCGGAACGCAGCUUCCAGCAGACCUCUUCCUCCUCCUCAUCCUCCAACAACCCAUACAUGGAGAAGAGCAGGGGGCUCUUUGCAGAGGACUUUGGCUCUUUCAUGCGUCCUGGAACGGAUGCCUUGGGAUUUCCCAGUCGGACAGGGACAGCAGGGAAGAUCAAGACAAUGGGAGACAGCUACCAGUUCACAGUGGAUGUCCAAGACUUCUCUCCAGAGGACGUCAUUGUCACCACCUCCAACAACCAGAUCGAAGUACAUGCAGAAAAGUUGGCAGCAGAUGGCACAGUGAUGAACACUUUCACCCACAAGUGCCAGCUACCUGAGGAUGUGGACCCCACCUCUGUGACAUCAUCAUUGGGCACCGAGGGAACGCUAACAGUCAAGGCCCGUAGAAACCCAUCCAAGCAUGAGCUCACACAGACCUUCCGCACUGAGAUCAAGAUCUAAGAAGACAGACAGGACUCUCCCAUGAGCCAUGACCCCUGUUCCCUCACUGCCUGUAUUUUGUAAUGCUAUAUUCCGUUUUUCUCAUUUAAUGUCUUUAUCAUUAUAUGUUCAUUCUGCCCUUUAAGCUGGAACGUUUUUUUCUUCUGCCAUACCACCUCCUCAAAAUACCACAUCCUCCAAUAGCUGCCUUGGAUUGACAACAGUUAGCCUAAUUUGUUCUUGUGUUUUCCCAGUUAUCACACAUCACCUCCACACAUAUACACAUCACCUCCACACACACAUCAUCUCCACACACACACAUCACCUCCACACACACACACACCACCUCCACACACACACACACCACCUCCACACA